GGGAGGGGAGGCCGCGGGGUAUUAACCCCUUAGCACCCGCUGAGCUGCUCCCAGCAGAGCCUUAGCGAGGGACCUGCUCGCAGCCGGUUCUUGAGGUGAAUGUGGGAAUCUUUCAGGAAAGCGCUCUGCGGCACGGCUUCCAUCAACCGUGCUUACUAAGUGGGCAGUAAGAUCUCGCCUACCUCCCGGGGAGACUCGCGGCAUGCACCCGCCACAGAGUUCCAGUCCUCCGAGUUUCCUAGAGGUGCACGCUGUGACCACCCUUCCACUUCCGGUAUUCCAGCGGAAGUGAUCCUUCCCUGAGGUCUGCCGCGGUUGGCUGAGCGAAGGCUGGUCCUCCAAAAUCUGUAACCUGAGCACUGUGCACCUGAGGCACUCUGAAGAGUUGGAAUUGUGAAGGAAUCCUCGAGACACCAACCUCCAUCUCCUGCCUGCCUCAUCUGGGCAACCUUUCCAGACGGUCUCUGCCCAGAAUGUCGGGAGAGGCCACACAGGUGGCCUGCCAUGCUCCCAAAGAACAAGAAGGACUUAGGGUUGUGAAGGUUGAAGAAGAGAAGUAUGUUUGGGAGCAAGACUUUGACGUUCAGGAAAAUGCCUGGAGCCAGGAGACCUUCCGUCAGCGGUUCAGGCGGUUUGGUUACUCUGACUCCGCAGGGCCCCGGGAGGCUCUGAGCAGGCUCCGGGAGCUGUGCUGUCAGUGGCUGAGGCCGGAGGUGCACUCCAAGGAGCAGAUCCUGGAGCUGCUGGUGCUGGAGCAGUUCCUGGCCAUCCUGCCUGAGGAGCUGCAGGCCUGGGUGCGAGCGCAUCAGCCAGCCAGUGGAGAGGAGGCCGUGACUGUGCUGGAGGAGCUGGAGAAAGAACUUGACGAGCCAAGGCAGCAGGACACAGCUUGUGGCCAGGAAAUCUGGAAGGAGAUGACAGCCGUGGGAGCAGUGAAGUCUCUGAGUAGCCCGCGGCAGGCCUCGGACCACCAGGGCAGGAGGGAGCCUCAGGAGCCUCAGGCUUUCCGACUGAAAGAUGAUGAGAUGGUGGCUGCCAAAGUGUUGAGAGCACAGCAAGAAACUGUCGAGUGUGUAGCAUCAACGGCUGUGACAUCCUUAGGACGACUUCCCGGGGCACCUCCUUCAGGACAGAUCAUGGCAGCAGCUUUGGACAGCUCCGACAAUCAAGGAGAUGCUGCAAGGAACAAGAUGAAUCCAUGCUCCUCCCAGGAAAGACAGUUCAGCCUGGCAGCUUUUCACCAGGAAAUCCCCACGGAACAGAGUAUCCUUGAUUGUAAUGAAAGUGAAGGAAGUCUCAGUCUGAGCUCAAAUAUUAUACGACAGAGAAUUCACACUGGGGAAAAGCUCUAUGCAUGCCUUGACUGUGGGAAAGCCUUUUGCCAGAGCUCAAAGCUGAUUAGACAUCAGCGAAUUCAUACUGGAGAGAGACCUUAUGCAUGUAAAGAAUGUGGCAAAGCCUUCAGUUUGAGCUCAGAUCUUGUUAGACAUCAAAGAAUUCAUAGUGGUGAAAAACCCUAUGAAUGUUGUGAAUGUGGAAGAGCGUUCAGGGGCAGCUCGGAGCUCAUUAGGCAUCGGAGAAUUCACACUGGAGAGAAACCUUAUGAAUGUGGUGAAUGUGGAAAAGCUUUCAGCCGGAGCUCAGCCCUUAUUCAGCAUAAGAAGAUUCACACUGGAGAUAAAGGCUAUGAAUGUUUUGAAUGUGGUAAGGCUUUUGGUAGGAGCUCUAUCCUUAUUGAACACCAACGAAUUCACACUGGAGAAAAACCUUAUGAAUGUAAUGAAUGUGGAAAAUCCUUCAAUCAGAGCUCAGCCCUUACUCAGCACCAGAGAAUCCACACCGGGGAGAAGCCUUAUGAAUGCAGUGAAUGUAGGAAAACAUUUAGGCACAGGUCAGGCCUUAUGCAGCAUCAGAGGACACACACCAGGGUGUAAGUCUGUGGGUAAGAGUUGUAGCAUUGUGAAAUGCAGAGUUCUGGUGAGGGUGAGACUUCACAGAAGAUAAAAUUUUCCUGAGAGCAGGAUUUUUGUCUUUCUAGCCCAGUUCAGUACUGUAAAAGGAGACAUACAAAAGGAUACUUAUUGUGAUAGUUGAAUGGAAGAAAAAACUUUAAGAUUUACUUUAUUUGAAAGGCAGAGUGACAGAGGGAGAGACAGAGGGAGGGAGAAUACGAGAGCUUUUUUACACUGGUUUACUCCCCAAAAGGCUGGGCCAGGCUGAAGCCAGGAGCCUGGAACUCUAUCCUGGUCUCCCGUGAGCGGCAGGGGCCAUCUUCCACUGCCUUCCAAGUGUGUGAACAGGGAGCUGGAUUGGAAGUAGAGCAGCUGGGACUUGGACUGGUGCUCUGAUGUGGGAUGUUAGUGUCACAAGUGGCAGCUUAACCUGCUGUACUGUAACACUGGCCUCAAAUGGAGGAAAAUGUCUACCCAGGUCUUGCAUAAAAGAAUUGUAGGUAUUUCCUAGAAAUGUUCAACCUGUUUCUGGAUAAGAACUCUUAUCACUGUCCCCUCUACCCAAUUCCCAACCCAAACCUAACUUCCAUCGAGCACCUUCAUAGUAAGUCCAGGAUUGGGGCAGAGAUCCCGAGAGAGCUCUCUGUAAUAGGAGCCCUGCCAGCUACGGACAUUGGAUAGAGUUAUGCAGCCAUCUAAAAUGUUGAAUUGUCAGGUUGUGAAAUGUUGAAUUCUGCCUCACAGCAGCUUAAUAUAUGUGGCAACUUAAUAAUACAAGGGGUGGUGAUUCAUUGUGCUUGCUUGAGCUACCUACCUACUGAGAUUAACUCAGGUCUUUCUAUUUAUUGAGCACCUGAUAUGUGUGAGCCAUUUGACAGACACAGUAACUGCUGUCCCAAAGUUAAGGGCUAAUGGGAGAUACAUAUCCACUAAACAGGUAAUUACAGUAAAGUGUGAUAUGUGGUUUUUGGGUAGGAUAAAUUCUGUUGAAGUACAGGGCAGGGGUACCUAAUCUGGUCUAUCAGUCACUAAAGACUUCCUGGGUGUGAUGACAUCUCACUUGAUAACUAAAAGGUGGAAGUUAGCCAGCUAAAGAGCAGGGGAGAAGAGGCAGGGAUUAUAGCACACACAACAGCAUGGAGGUGAGAGAGGAUCUGGAGACAUCUCUUCAUCCGGACUCCUCUCCAGCAGGAAUCAGUUAUUAGAUGCUGGCUCAGAGGCCAGGACUUGUGUUGGCUUCUCUUCCUACUUACAAGCACUGAAUUGGGUACCUUAUCCCAGACCCUGAGUGACCUAUAAAAUCUUGAGAUACUCCGAAUUCAUAUGGAGAAAGACAGUUCAAGUGUAUACCAAGAAAAAAAAAAUACAUGUUGGAGGAUAGAGGGGCAGUGGGGACUGGAGUGUUUGUGUCCCAUGGUCCUGUGGCCCAGGAAAUGGGAAGCUUACAGAAACAGUGACAAGGAGGUAUGCCUUCCAGGCCCCACCAUUCCCCAUUCAUGGCCCCUCACUUUCCCAGGCUUGAGACCCUAAGCAACUUCAGGGAAAUAAAUACUGGUUGGGUUACCCCCUCAGAUUCCUCAAAACUCUACUUUUCUCCUAAUUUUUAUUUUGGCAGUUUUAAUUAACCCACAAUUGCUGACGACAAUUAAUACCUAUGAAAAAGUAUCAUUUCUGAAGACUUGGUGAUCAUACCUAUUGUGAGUAAAUGGGGAAGUGAAAUGGGGAGGGAAAGUCUUUGUGUCCAAAGGGUGUAUAGUUCUUGCUGGGUGAGAUCAAUCAGAUCAAUCACCUUUUGUCCUAUAGGUGACAGAUUAAUGUUUUACAUAUCAUUUUUCUCCUGAUUGUGAAUUAACUGUAAAUGUUGAUAAUGCAUAAAGUAUAAAUCACCUACAAUUCCAUUACCAGUAGAAAUGUUAGUAUUUUAGAGUACUUUAUUAGUGUUCCUUUUUUCCCCCAACUCUAAAAUUUUUGGUAAAAUUCUUUAGUCAGUAAUUUUUGGUAACUAGUUUUAACAUUUAUACUUUAACCGCUUAGUAGUAGAAUGUAAUACAAGAUUUACUGUAAUAAAAUUUGAGUUUUAAAGUUUUUCUUUAAAAUUAUUCACUCAAGAACAGGGAAUAUAACAAAGAUAAGUGAGGGGUGGGAAAGGGACUGUGGGAAGAAGUCAAGGAAUUGAUGUUCAGUUUCUAUUCCCUGGGCCAGAAAGUGUCAGGAAACUGACAGCCAGUCUCUAGGGCUGUAAGUCACUGAGCAAAGUCACAAAAUCAUGGUGGCCUCUGGGGUUGAGUUGUGGAAAAACCAUGGGAAUGUGCAACACAGGGCCCAUAUCCCCUGGAAUUGGGACUCUGCCCUGCUUUCAGUAGUGGUGGUGGGGGUGGGGGUGGGGGUGAGGGUCAUAUGUACGUUUGGAAACCUCAGCACUAACUGCUGAAAAGGAGCAAAGGCUCCUCUCCCUUAGUUGGUUCUUAAUAGAAAUGUGAGCUUGGCAAGACCAUCAUCAGAUUUGCUUUAAAUUUCCAAUCCUGUUAGUGGUAGCUGCAGGCCAUGGAAAUGAGGAGAGGCACUUUGCCUAAAAUGCACAUUAUCUUUUUAAAUCUGCGUUAAGAUCUGGUUAAGGUAGAUAGUGUUACCCUUUGGAAUGGUGCUAUACCCAGAGAAACAAGACAGCCCUGAGCAGAAGGGAAAGGCACAGAUUAUUUUUCUCCCAGGUAAGGGUAGUAAAGAAAAAAACAAUUUCCUCGACAUACACCUUGUAUCAGCUCUGAUGGGAACUGAUCAUUUACUUCAGCUCCUUUAAAGUGAAGUCUGGAAGUGACUUGCUUACAGCUGCAGAAUUCAUGGAAAAGAACUAAGUCAUAAGUCAUGACUUCAAAGUUAUUGCCAUUCUAAACCAUAAGCCUACAGAACAACUUCUCUUUGCUCAGGGAUUUGUAAUUUAUAGGCAACCUUUUCUGUAUCAUGUGUGCAAUCACAAUUAAGUUAGCUAAUGACUUGAGACCUGGGAGGCACAGGGAUGGUAAACAGGUGCUUUGCCUAGUAUUUUCUCAGCUAUCCUGGACUUUCACUCACUUUUUCCUCUGAGUGUUUUAUAAAUAUAGCAGAAAAAUUUGGUAAAUACUGAAAAGCACAAGAAAUUGCCUGUAACUUCACACCAAGAUAACCAAUAUAGCGCCUUGAGAUAAUAAUUUCCAGUAUUUUUAAUGUAUAAGUAUAUAAUUUACAUGUGAUAUUAUACAGUGUUUUAAUGUAUUUAGCAAUAUACCAUGACUACUUCAUUUGAUAUUAAUUAACAUCAGUUUUAACAGCUUUUAAGACUGUACAUUCAUGAUGGUUUCUGAAGUAUACAUUUCUAGGUAGAUUUCAAAGUCAAAAGGCAAUGCUUAAGGCUUCUGGUAUUGACUGCCAGAGAUCAUACUGAUUCCCAUAAUCACCAGCAGCACUGAGUUCCUAUUUCCCUGAAUCUUUAAUGGUUUUAUACAGAAAAGUACCACCAGCUCACUCAAGUCUUGCUUUAACAUGAGGUUUAGCUACCUCACUGUCUACUGGUACUUAACCUUUUAUGACUUGCUAUUUAAAUACUAGAUUUUCUAUUUCUCACAGGGAGACAGUGUAGAGAAAUGGCUCUACAGGAAGGUUCUAGAUUCCUAUUGCCUGGGUUCAAAGCCUGACCUCACUGUCGCUUAUUAGCUAUAUGAUCUUUAGCCUUCAUGUCCUUAUUUGCAAAAUAUGGGCUUGACUGAGAAGGAAUACCUACAACAAAGCCCAAUCCAGCACCUAUUACAUUUCUCACUGAUAUAUGUAAGUGCUCUGUAUGGAUAUUUCUCUUGUGCAAUAUAUCAAUUCCUAACGUCCUACCUUUUUCAGUUUAGGUCAUUCUUUGUGGACAAGAAAGAAAAUAAGCUCUUACCAUGUAUUGUCACAUGUACCAUCUUUCCCAAAUGAUUUCACCUUCUUUUUUCAGUCUCCUCCAAAACUUGGGCAUUUAGCCCUCCUGCUUUGCAAAGGUUAGCACAUGCCUACCUAUGCAUGCCCCAAUAUGAGCAUUACUUUUCUUUGCUACUUUUAACCCUCAUGGAAAUUCCUUUUCUAUGCACAAGAUUCUAGAUUUUUAUUUAUUUAUUUAUUUUUUGGUAAGGUGUGUUAUUCCUCUAACCUAUUAGGUCUUUUGAAUGACAUCUUUCUGGGUAACUUGUAAAACUCCAUUGCGUACCACAUACCAGCCUACUGUUCUUCCUGGGUCCCUCAGAAGAGGGGAAGUCUUGAUGACCAUGACUGUUACUUUCUAUCAUUUCCCUUUGGCAUUGUCUUUCAUAAAGUUUGCAGAUGACAUUGUGAAAUACAGCUAACAAAGGCAAAACUAAACAUGUGCAAGGUGCCUGGACAGAAGUCACAGACCCAGCAACUGACACGUAUUUUCUUGAGCACCUGAACCCAAAGGAGUGUAUCAGGAACAGUGAGGAUACAGCCCCUGAAAAUAAAUGCUAUGGGAGCUGCUGACUCAGAUCCUUGGGGACUCAGAGGAAUUUAAUAGCUCUGUACUGUCAUUUCUGGGAGACAGAUAACAAUCUAUCAGACUAGACUCUUCAAGUCUAGGCUGGGCUCCCUCCCACCACUACAGGCAUGCAAGCUCUAGCUUAGCUUAUGUGCUGGAGAAUGAAACCACGUAUUAGCCCCUUCCCUUUGGUCACAUGGAUCAAAACAAAGCUCCCCAAUGUCCUGUGGUCUAAGCGCUGUAGGAUCUGUCUAUAAAUAGAUUUCUCCAUGGGUUAUUUUGCUAUAGGCACUAAUUAAGACUCUGGCUACACCUGUGCUCUUAGAACCAUGAG